UAAAGAAUUCUCUACUCACAGAUCUUUCUCAGUGAAGUUCCUUCUCUCUCUCUCUCGCGACUCUAGGAGUGGAGUCUGGACCAGAAGAGUUUCUGAGCUUUUGACAACAGACACAGUUGUCUCCCUCGCUAUGGCGGCUGAGAAUAUACUGAAAUCCAGAGAGGUUUCAACAAUGAUAAAGCAGGGUUUCAUUCCAGACCCAUCACUCUGUUUCGCUCCUUCAAGGAUUGUUUCUAGGGUUUCUCCUUCUUCUUCUCCCUCCAACCCUUCUCCUCCUCCCGCUUUUUCUGACAAGCUCAGAUCCAGUCCCACCCUUUUCGAGAUGAUGUCCGAAUCCAAGCGUACUGUUGACAAGCGUCACGAGCUCCAGAAGAGGGUUUCCAAGAUCUUGGCGGAAGCUCCAUUUAACAACCUCAAUGGUGAGAGUGUAGGUGAUGUGAAGCUUACCAUCACCUCCAAAGAUGGCUUUAGCGUUUCUAUGAACGUCCAUCGCCGGGUGCUCGCCGGUCGUAGCCGUUUCUUUGCGGAGAAGCUCGGGCAGGAUGGGGACGUCUCUCAUUCAGUGGAGAUCUGCGAUUGCGACGAUGUUGAGAUUUAUGUGGAGACUGUGGUUAUGAUGUAUUGUGACGAUUUGAAGAAGAGAUUGACGAACGAGGAGGUUCGCAAGGUCUUGGGUUUGCUCAAGGUUUCUGCAGCUAUGAAAUUUGACGCCGGGAUAGUGUCUUGCCUGGAAUAUUUGGAAGCAGUCCCAUGGUCCGAGGAUGAAGAGGAGAAAGUCAUUUCUCACCUCACUCAACUCCAGCUUCAUGAUUCAGUCACAGAAGUUCUGCAAAGAAUUUCAGUAGAACCUUCUAGUUCAGCUAGAUCUGAUGAGAUCUUCAUGCGACUCCUCACCAGUGUUCUACAAGCCAAGGAUGAUAAAGCCCGACGAGAAAUGAAGACUCUGGUAUCUGGUCUGCUCAGAGAGGACACCACCGCUCACGGCAAGCAUAACAGAGUUGAUGUAUCUAGAGAAACCCUUUACCAUCUGUGCCAUGGAUGCCUCAGUUCUCUUGUACUUUGUUUAUCUGAAGCUGCAAGUUUGGAUGAGAGCAGGCGGGAUCGAGGAGUGCUAAUGGGUGAGAUCACUCGAGAAGCUGACAAUAUGCAAUGGAUUGCCGGUAUUCUGAUUGAAAAGAAGAUGGCUGAUGAUUUUGUGACCUUGUGGGCAGAUCAGAAAGAGCUUGCUAUCCUUCAUUCGAAGAUCCCCUCAAUGUAUCGGUAUGAAAUUAGCAGGAUCACUGCUCAGCUGUGUAUUGCAGUUGGGAGAGGGCAAAUCUUGUUGCCAAAAGAUGCUAGAUAUUCUUUGCUAUCAACAUGGUUGGAAGCUCUAUAUGAAGACUUUGGAUGGAUGAGGAGAGCUUGUAGAUCAGUUGAUAAGAAAUUGGUGGAGGAUGGAUUGAGUCAGAUGAUUCUUACAUUGCCACUACCACAGCAACAGGCUCUCUUAUUGAAUUGGUUUGAUCGAUUCUUGAACAGAGGAGAUGAUUGUCCCAAUAUCCAGAGAGCAUUUGAGGUCUGGUGGAGAAGAGCUUUCAUCAGGCAAUAUGUGACUGAUCAGGAUCACUCACAUUUACAGAUUGCUGUCUGUGAUGACCCUACCUAAAGAUGGCGAGUAUCUUCUGGAGAAGGAAGAAGAUUUUGAUUGUAAGCUCCACUCUUCUAGUGGUGUUUCUAAUCCCAUCACUCUUUAUUUGAGCUUCUGUGCCAUUUCUCAGUGCCCAGAGUUGAUGUAAAAUUUGUUGCAAGGCAUGAGAUCAAUCUUAAAGUGGCUUUUGAAGUACCGAGUCAAGAUAAUGGAUCUCUCUGCCAUGCGCUAAGUAGCUGCUUUGUGCAUCCCAUGAAGUUUUUCAUGACACCAGAUCUGUGGUUAGGAACUAAAGACAAACAAUGGAUGACUUCCCAGCAUUUGGAUCAAAGUGGGUAAUCUUUGCAACAUCCAUGUGCCUGACUUGGUCA